AUGGAGAUAACCCAUGCUAUGCAGACCUUUGUGGAUUUCGCAAAAGAAGCAUGGCUACGAAGUCACUCAGCUUCCGACGCUGUCAAAUACGCCUGCCAAAAUUGGGCCGUCCAUCUCUCGCAGGCUCUGAAUCCACGGGACGGCAUGCUCAACCACAGAUUCAAGGCUUUUUGGAAUGGUCAUCUCCUGUCCUGGCUCGAAAGGCAGUGGUGCUUGAAGGGUCUGCGGUUUUGCCUCAUUGUUCUAUCCGACGGGCAUAAACUUGCAAAGGAAUAUCUCCAAGCUCCAGGUACUCGUGUCGCGUGCAAGGUAGUCAUAUUUUUCCCUGGUUCCAGCGACCUCUAUGCUUCCAGGUCAUCGGAUGGACAACACAGGCGUGACUGUGAUUAUUAUAUACCCUCCAACUCGAACGAUAAAAUGCUGGGACGAUAUGCGAUCAAGUAG